AUGUCCAAUCGCCCCAUCUUCGGCGCCCUGGCAGAAAGCGCCGCCGGCGAGUGGCUCGCUAUCCUCUCCCUCGUCUUCGGAGGCUGCUGCUCCAACGUAUGGGCACUAGAGGCGGUCCUCAAGAGCUACCCAUCCUCUGGUACAUUUCUCACCUUUGCCCAGUUCAUCUAUGUCGCUGUGCAGACGUUCGGCUCCCAGCUCGUCUGGACCAAAGGCCGCUGGACUCCAAUAUGGCGACGCAACGUCGUCCCCAUCAAGCGAUGGAUGGUCCAGGUUGUCCUCUUCUUCGCCGUCAGCCUAAUGAACAACUACGCGUUCGGCCUCAAGAUCCCCGUCACGGUCCACAUCAUUUUCCGCUCUGGCGGCCUGUGCGUCUCGAUGCUCACGGGUUAUUUUCUUGGCCGAAAACGAUACUCGCCGGGCCAGAUUUUCGCCGGAGUCAUCAUCACUGUUGGCAUCGUGCUCGCAACCAUUUCGGCUCCGCGGCCGCCGCGUAAGAUGUCCACAGUGGCGUCCACUACCGACACCGAAGCGGAAUACUUCUCCGAGAAUGUGCAGUACGUCGCUGGCAUUGGCCUGCUUUCGCUCGCACUCUUCCUCUCGGCCUGGCUCGGCCUGUGGCAGGAAAGCACAUACCGGCAGUACGGCAACCAGUGGCGUGAGGCCCUCUUUUACAACCACUUCCUGUCCCUCCCGUUCUUCCUCCCGAUGUACGCGUCUCUGUCAAGAACGUUCAACGCGUACAUCUCCUCACCGCCCAUCACACUGUUUGCAGUGCCGACACCAGACGUCGCGCUGUUCCCGCAUGUUGAUGAUGCGAAGCGCCAGCUUUUCCGGUGGCGAGACGUCGCAGUCCCGGGUGCGGUGUUUGCGCUCGGCGUCAACGUCAUAACACAGGGGUUAUGUAUCCGUGGCGUGAAUCGCUUAACAUCUCGCGUCUCGUCGACGACCGUCAAUCUCAUCCUCACUGUGCGCAAGGCCGUGUCCCUCGCCCUCUCUGUAUGGUACUACGGCAGCGGCUGGUCGUGGGGCCUUAUCGUCGGUGGCGCGAUGGUGCUUGGCGGCACACUAGUCUACUCAACGGCCGCACCCCCCCGAGUUGAGCCGUCCAAGAAGGAGAAGGAGAAGGACGCUGUGGAGCUCGACGACCGUGGCAACGAGAGCGACACAAACUCGGUCAGCACCGCCGUCAAUGUGAGGACAAACGGCGUCGGGUCUGCGCCCGAUGCUCUCAGGCAACGCUAG